AUGCGCGAAGCGCUCAGAGGAAAGACUGCGGUAGUCUCGGGAGAGAUUAAGGGUAAAGCAGGGAACUUUGCGGAGGUGGUGUCUAAAACGGCGAACAUCGCAGGGGAGGUGGUAUCGAAAACAGCGCAUUUCAAGGAAGCCCUGAAGGCCUCGAUUACCUCGUUUGGCAGCCGCGCACAUGCCGGCAAGUACGCCCCGAUACCGCGCGGUCGUUUACAGUAUCGGUCAUUGCUGACGCAACAAGCGUUUGCGUUGCUUAUAUUGCACAGCGAAAUCGCUCUUGAGGCGCCUCACGCACCGACCUUGAAAAAGAUUGACGCUGACGUGGCAAGAUGCGACUGCACCGAGAGCAUCGACCCAUUGGAGCUGCCAGCGCGUCUGCAGAGUCCGUCGAAGCACCGACAGGCCGGGACGAGCCCCCGGUGCUGCACGUAUCGUUCCCUUCGGUCCGACGUUGACCGUGACUCCUCAAGCGAUCGCUCCACUGGUGAACCUGGCCCAGAAAAAUCCAUCCCAUUGCACUCUGCUCUUGCUAGUAUCCCCUCUGCUUCCUCCUCCUCUAUCCGCGACUCUAGCCGCGAGCCAGGCUAUGAGGAGCAAUCGGACGGCACACGUUCGACAUGUGCUUUCUCAACCCCUCCCGCUGACCAAUCAGAGCCUUCGAUUGCACCUGAUCACGCACCCCAGCACCCCAGCACGCAAGCGCUUGAGAUGAGCGGUCGAGAUCAUUCCGAGUUAGAGGGCGAUGACGGUGGAGAAGAGGGGUUUGUGGUUCCUCGGUUGGGGUUUGAGGGGCGUGGGGCGGGGGAAGGGGAGCAGGACGGGGAGGAGCAGGGGGGAAGCAGCACCACGAGCAGCAACGCGGGCAGCUCGCAGGCGCACCGCACUCCUGCUGCCCCGGACUGUCCGCCCGACUCCUCCUCCAGCCUCCGCGCAUCCCAAAACAGCCAAUCGCAAGGCGAUGCGGCGGGGAAGGAAAGGAUGGGUAGCGCAGGAGCGGAGGGGGAGAUACGGAGUGGAGUUGACUCAGCAGGGGAUGGUAGGAGCGGGGGGGGAGCAGAGGGGCGUGAUGGUAGGAGCGGGGGAGGAGCAGAGGGGGUUGAUGGUAGGAGCGGGGGGGGAGCAGAGGGGGGUGAUGGUAGGAGCGGGGGGGGAGCAGAGGGGGGUGAUGGUAGGAGCGGGGGGGGAGCAGGGGGGGGGAAUGGCGCAUCCCUGGCGGCAGGCUGGCAUCCCACUCCUCCCGCGGUGACGCAGAGUCCAACAAAGAUUGACGCUGACGUGGCAGCAUGCAACUGGACCGAGAUCACCGACCCUUUGGAGCUGCCAGCGCGUGUGCAGAGUCCGUCGAAGCACCGCCAGGCCGCGGCGAGCCCCCGGAGCUUCACGCAUUCUUCCCUCUGGUCUGACGUUGACCACUUCUUCCCUAGCGAUCGCUCUGCCAGUGAACUUAGCUCCGAAGGUUCCAUCCCACCGCAUUCCACCCCCUCUCACGCCUCUGCUGCUCGUUUCCCCUCUGCUUCCUCCUCCGUUAUCCGCGACUCUAUCCGCGAAUCUAUCCGCGACUCUAUCAGCGAGCCAGGCUAUGAGGAGCAACCGGCCGUCACGCAUUCUACAUGUGCCCUCUCAACCCCUCCGCCUGACCAAUCAGAGCCUUUGGUUCCACGUGAUCAGGGCCCCAUCAGCUUCACGCACCCCAUCGCGCAAGUCCUUGAGAUGAGCGGUCCAGAUCGUCCCAAGUUAGAGGGCGAUGAGAAUGGAUUAGCAGGGUUUGUGGUGCCUCGGUUGGGGUAUGAGGAGUGUGACGCGGGGGAAGGGGAGGAGACUUCUGAGUCGACUCAAAAGUCACCUCGUUACAAUGAUAGUGAAUCAGCGGGGUUUGUGGUGCCUCGGUUGGGGUAUGAGGAGUGUGACGCGGGGGAAGGGGAGGAGGGCGGGGCGGAGCAGGGGCGAGGUGGGCGCAGGCGCGCAGAGGAGGCGGAAUUGAGCAUGAACCUGUGGCUCAUGGGGAGCAGCUACGAGGGAAGCAGCACCACGAGCACCACCAUGAGCAUCAUCACCACAAACAGUACCGUGGGCGGGGUUUUUGCGGGCAUCCCGCAGGCGCAACGCGCUCCUGCUGCCCCGGACUACACGCCCGACUCCUCCUCGAGCCUCCGUGCAUCCCGAAGCAGCCAAUCGCCAGGAGAUGCGGUGGGGAAGGAAAGGGUGGGUAGGGCAGGAGCGGCCAUGUCGGCGCAGCGGAGUGGAGUGGAGGCAGGCAGGGAUGUGCAGAGCCCGUACGGGGUUUCCAAGCACCUGGGGGAAGCAGAAUCGGGGCGAGCAGAGGAGGGGGAUGGCGCACCUGUAUCUGAAGGCUGGCACCCAACGUCGCCCGUGGUAGUGCAGAGCCCGUACGGGGUUUCCACGCAGCUGAGAGGGGCAGAAUCGGCGCGAGCGGAGGAGUGGGAUGGUCAGAGCGAUGGGACAGCAGAGGGGGGUGAUGGCGCACCUGUGUCUGAAGGCUGGCACCCAACGUCGCCAGUAAUAGUGCAGAGCCCGUACGGGGUGUCCACGCACACGUGGGGGGAAGAAUCGGGGCGAGCGGAGGAGUGUGGGGACAUGGACCGGGUGUGGGAGGAGAUGUACGUGCAGAGGGAGUGUGCGUCGCUGCCGACCUCCCCCAGGGACUCCAGGCGCGCGCUGCCUGCUAUCAAGCGCCUGCUGACCAUCCGACGGGUUGAGUUUGUGGAGCGGUUAAGCAGCCGUGACAGCUUUUCCAGCACUGACAGUCGCAGAGCGAGGCUGUCAUGUGCCGUGUGUUGCCGUCCUCUCAAGGCCCUUCCUCUCAAGGCCCUUCCUCUCAAGGCCCUUCCUCUCAAGGCCCGUUAUUUGGAGAGGGCAGCCAUGCGGGGUUGCAGGGGCAGUGGGGUGUGA